AUGGCUGAAAAUUCUAAAUACAAAUUAAAAAAUAUUAAAAUGAUUUGUGAUGAACGUUUACAUGGAAUAACUAUCCAAUAUCUAAAAAAAUUAUUGGAUAAAACGGAUACAUAUACAACUAUUGAUGAUUGUCUUCAAGAUUGUCAACCAUUUUUAUCAACUGAUGAUUAUCAUCGUACAAUUCCUGAAUCGGAUCAGGAUUCGGGAUUUAUUGAUACUAUUCGUAUUGGAAAAGAAGAUUCCAAUGAUAUUCGUUAUUUAUUUCGAAGAAAAGUUGAUCAAGGUCAAUGUGCUGUUUAUGAUUUACGAGAUGAAGAAGAAUAUGAGAUAGCUUUUCGUGUUGCCGAUAGAAUAUUUGAUAUUAAAAGACGAUUUCCAUUUAUUGUCGAUCUUGGUACAUAUAAAGGUCUUCUUGGUUCACAUUUGACCACGGAAACUGUCGAUUGUAUUUUACAUUGUUCUUCGUCUUUCAAUUCAUUGAAAUCUAUCAAACAACGAGAUGAUAUUGAAAUACAGAAAUUAUACAUCAAUGAAGAAGAUUUUAUUCUACAAGAAAACAGUGCCGAUAUGAUUAUUUCUAGUUUAGAUCUUCAUUGGAUCAAUGAUUUACCACAAUUAUUUUCAAAUGUUUUCCAUUCACUUAAACAAGAUGGUGUAUUCAUUGGAUCAAUGUUUGGUGGACAAACAUUAUUUGAACUAAGAUGUUCAUUACAAAUGGCUGAAAUUGAACGAGAAGGUGGUUUUGGUUUACAUAUUUCACCAUUAAUUACUGCACAAGAUAUUGGUUCAUUAUUGAAUAGAUCAGGAUAUACAAUGUUAACAAUUGAUACUGAUGAAAUAAUUGUACAUUAUCCAACCAUUUUUGAAUUAAUGUACGAUUUAAAAGGAAUGGGUGAAAAUAAUGCUACAAUUUUAGCCAAAACACAUUUAAAUAGAGAUUCAUUAUUGAUAAUAUAG